AUGUCCCUCCGUCCUUUCAUCUCGAGAUUCGCAUUCGCAUGCCGCGGGCGGCCGUAUGCUGCAACAGCAACUGCAUCUGCUGCAUCUGCUGCAAGAUCGAGAACCUACGCAGUCCAAAGCCCUGGGAAACCAAAUCUGGAAGUCUUCAACCGCAAAGUGAAGCAUCUGCAGAAGGACAGGGCGGCGCGGGACGUGGAGCUGAGCCGGAAGGUGGACUAUCUCAAGGAUGAGGUAGCGACGAGGUUAUGUGAGCGAUUGUUGGACAUCAAACGAACCUUCUCCCAUGUCCUCGAUCUCGGCGCCAACAGCUGCAACAUCGCCCGCGCCCUGACAGCUCCCAACCCGGACCCAGCGGUCGAGACGUCGCCGCCACUGGCGACGCGUAUCUCGAAGCUGACGUGCGUCGAGACGUCGCACGCGCUGCUGCACCGCGACGCCGACCUGCCGUUCAACCGCGAGCUGGACAUCCAGCGGGACGUGGUGGCGGACCUGGAGACGCUGCCGUACGCGCCCGAGACGUUCGACCUGGUACUCUCGUCGCUGUCCAUCCACUGGAUCAACGACCUGCCCUCGCUGCUCGCGCAGGUGAACUCGAUCCUCAAACCGGACUGUCCGUUCCUGGCGGCCAUGUUCGGCGGCGACACCCUCUUCGAGCUGCGCUCGUCGCUGCAGCUGG